CUGACUGAUUCGGGCGAACUGCUUCACCGGCGGCGUCUCGUUCUCUCAGCUCAGCGCUCAGCUCGUUGCGCGCCUGUACAUACAAAAGCCAUAGACUCGUAGACUACACAAUCACUCACCUAUCUCACACGCGGCUCAAAACUCACACUUCUGCCUACAUCAAUUCGCAGACCACUGCUUACUUCGUGCCGUACGACCCAGCACCAAAACGUCCGGAGUAGAGUCUUCACACACCACGCAAUAAUAAAAGACUCAAUCGAGGAAACCACCUACAAUCGCCCACGAUGACAUCCCUCUUCCCGCACCCCCAAUACGCCGAAGACCAACCCAACGCCCACGCCAUCCUGUACCUGCACGUGAUCCGCGCCUCAGCAAUGGCCUUCUCCUUCCUCUCCGUCCCCUACACCGGCGCCUCGCUCCUCGUCUCGCGCCUGCGCGCGCAACCCCCAAGCAGUAGCAUUCUCGCGCGCACGCUGCUAAACUCCGGGCGCGGCGCGGUCGUCGGCGUCGUUGCGGGCGUGGCGAUGACGUGGGCGCAGAUGAGGGGCCGCGGGGAGGUCGAGUGGCAGGAUCGCAGUUGGAGGCUGUUGGGGAACAAGGGGGAAGUGCAGACGGACUGGGAGACGAUUGGAGCGACGGGUGUGGGUGCGCUGGGAGGCGUGGUGGCGGCAAGAAGGGGUGUCGUACCACUGAGUGUUACAAGAGCGGCACUGGGGGGCGCCGGGUUGGGGUUGGGGAGUGGGGUGUUGUUUAUGAUGGGGACGUAUGCUGCGGGGAGGAAGAGUGCGUGAGGGGUGAAGACUGUACGGAUUUGUGGACGGGCAGUCGGGGUAUGGUGGAGCGCGAAACUGAGUCGUGUAAUAUGUUGUUUGAUACCUGCAGCACAGCAUUUGAGUGGAUUUCUGGGAUCUGGUUCCGUAGUAUAUGUGCACUAUUUUA